UCAGGCAGCAGCGGAGGGCGAUGGGAGCCAGCAGCCGGCUGAGCCCCCAGUCUGCCGGAUGCCAUAUUUCUCGCUCCAUCUGGGCCGGGCGAUCCUGCCGCUCGGUGGCCCCGGUGGUGGCGACCCAGCCGACCCCUUCCAAGGUGUUGCCCUUCGAGGCCAUUCCCCGCAGCGGGCACAAUGCCUGGCUCCAACCUUGCCAUAUUUGCCACUCUUUUAGGCGGACCAACAGCUUCCAAAACCUCCACCACAUCAUGCAGAAGAACUUCCAGCACUUGGGACCCAUCUACAGGGAGACGGUGGGCACCCACAGCAGCGUCAACGUGCUCCUUCCCCGGGACGCCGCCCAGCUCUUCCAGUCGGAGGGGAUCUACCCGCGCCGAAUGGGCAUUGAUGCCUGGAUCGCCCACCGGGUCCUGCGUAACCGCAAAUGCGGCAUCUUCCUGUUGAACGGGGAAGACUGGCGGGCUGACCGGCUGAUCCUCAACAAGGAGGUGAUCAGCCCCCGGGGCACCCUCAAGUUCCUGCCCUUCCUCAACACGGUGGCCGAGGACUUUGUGGAUUUCAUGCACCGGCGGGUGAGAAAGAACACGCGGCGCCUGCUCACCGUUGACCUUCACCGCGACCUCUUCCGCUUCACCUUGGAAGCCAGCAACUAUGCCUUCUACGGGGAGCGCCUGGGCCUGCUGGAGGAGAGCCCCAGCCCCGAGUCCCAGCGCUUCAUCCACGCCCUGGAGACGAUGCUGCAGACCACGCUGCCUCUGCUCUUCAUCCCACCGGGCGUCAUGCGCUGGGUGAACCACAAGCUUUGGCAAGACCACAUGGACGCCUGGGACACCAUCUUCAAGCACGCGGACAAAAGCAUACAGAACAUUUACCAGGAAUUCUGCCUGGGGAAGCCCCGCAAGUACUCUGGGAUCAUGGCCGAGCUGCUCCAGCAAGAUGAAUUGUCCCUCGACUCCAUCAAGGCCAACAUGACGGAGUUUACGGCUGGUGGGGUCGACACAACGGCCAUGCCUCUGCUCUUCACCCUCUUCGAGCUGGCCCGCAACCCCCACGUCCAGACCGCGAUCCGAGAAGAAGUCAAGGCGGCCGAGGCGGAUGGGCCCAAGGAGCUCUCCAAGCUGCUCAACUCCCUGCCGCUUCUCAAGGCAGCCAUCAAGGAGACCCUGAGGCUCUACCCUGUGGGCAUUACUGUCCAGCGUUACCCAACGCAAGAUGUGGUGAUUCAGAAUUACUGUGUUCCAGCUGGGACCCUCUGCCAGGUGGGGCUUUAUGCCAUGGGCCGCAGCCCGGAAGUCUUCAGUGACCCUGAGUGCUACAACCCGAAGCGCUGGCUGACCAAGGAGGACCACAGCUUCAAGGCCCUGGCGUUUGGCUUUGGCGCGCGACAGUGCAUCGGGCGGCGCUUGGCCGAAGCGGAGAUGACGCUCUUUCUCUUCCACAUGCUGCGGAACUUCAGGAUCGACACCGUUUCCAAGGCAGACAUUAAAACGGUCUUUGGCUUCAUCCUUAUGCCGGAGAAACCGCCUCUGCUCACCUUCAGGCCUAUUGACUAGGCCUGGGAACCACGCCCGGCCCCCUCUGGCCUCCCCUGUCCUUUCUCAUGUGACCACCUGGACUGGCCAUUAAAACAUAAGAACAUAAGAACGAGCCUGCUGGCUCAGACCAGAGUCCAUCUAGUCCAGCUCUCUGCUACUCACAGUGGCCCCCCAGGUGCCUUUGGGAGCUCACAGACCUCACUAGCAGACCUUUAGCAGACCUCACUCCUCCCAGCAAAACUCAACUGGAGCCACCAACCAAGACAUCUUGGACAGGAGACGGGCGGAUUUAACCCUUCCACGCUCCACCUAGUUUCACAACAGAAAACUAGCCUCUCUCCAUGCUGACAUCAUUUCAAGAAAGGGGGAAAUAAAUCCCCACAGCUUUUUAGAGAAGGGGAGAUACGUUUCAUAAUAACAAUCAGGGGCAGGUCCAAGGUACUGAUUUUCUGCUCCAUCUCUUCCCUUGGCUUCACAAGGCAAAGUGCGGCUGGGCCACAGGAAAAGAGGGUCUCAGGAAGGGAAGAUGCCCCCCCCCCACUUAUCUACUGUGCCCCCGCCCAUCUGGCAACAGGAUAUAUCAGUGAUGGCGAACCUUUUCGAGACCGAGUGCCCAAACCCACUUAUUUAUCACAAAGGGCCAACAGGGCAAUUGAACUUUUAAAAGUUGUUUUAUCA